GUUACACCUGGAGAAAAUGAAAAGAGUAAUAAAUUUUUGCAGGAAUGCGUUUACAGAAUUGACGCAGAAAAUUAAUAAAAUCAAUUAUUGGAAUGCAUUUCGGAUAUACAAUUUCCUAUAAAAAUAGCUCUCAAUAACUUUAUCUCGCAGUAACAGGGUUCCCAAUUAAAAUUCAGAAAAAUAACUAAUAGUAGAAUUCUUAAGUAAUAAAAUGAAAUUAUUUCUGCUUGUAUUGGGUCAAAGUUGGCCUUUAGCGAUAAUCUUAUCCUUCUUGGCUUGGAUUUUAUCCUUUAUAUGGCUUUAUAAUAGCUCAUCGCUCAAUUUUAAGAGUCUCACAGACCUAUCACACAAUAAUUAUUAUAUGACGACAGAUGUAAAUUUUCUUAUUCCAACCUACUUGAGGUUUUACGCUCAACAUGCUUUCGAAAGUAUCACAGAUACUCAAUUAAUUCUCAUAAUCUCAACAAUUAUUGCUGCAAUAACUUACGCUUUUUUAUCUCGAUUCCGGAUCAUUGUUUGCCGCUGGUUAUUGUCUCAACAUUUUUGGAUAAAUGACUCCCCUAAGCCGAAUUCCAAAAAGGUGUGGUGGUACAUGUUUUGGGUUCGAGUUUUUACAGCUUUUUUCGAAUUCGAUUGUCUUGAUACAAAAGAGCCAGAAUGUUAUUCUCCUGAACUAUUACUAGAAAGAAAACGACAGCGACAACUUGCCCUGAAGAAAGAUAACGGACUGGUCUUAAAUAAGAAUGCGGAACCGAAUGAUAAUAGUUUGGGUAACGAACGAAGUCUAGAUGUCAAAAAUGAUUCCAGCCUGACGUUAAGAACCGCUAAAAUUCGGAUCCAAUCCUUUUUCUUAAAUUUUAUGAACCGAUUAUUUAUUGAUCCGAAUAGGAAAGUGUUGUUUUCUUGUCAGAAUUUGCUACCCAACCUACCAGUUCCUUAUUUGAGUGAUACGAUGAACAAAUUAAAAGCUUCUCUCGAUAUUUUACAAAAAUUUGAUCCCGGAGCCUUGCCAGCGAAAUACGAAGAAAGAUUGAACGAGUUCGAAAAAGGGAUAGGGCAAAAACUUCAAUUUUUGUUGUUACUCAGAUCCAUGAUGUUCACCGAUAAUUACGUUUCCGAUUGGUGGGAAAAAUACGUGUAUACUAUGAACCGAAAAUCUUUGGCCAUCAACUCCAACUAUUAUAUAUUGGAUAUGAGUUAUUACAUUCCUACCCAAAACCAGUGUGCGAGAGCUGCCGUUAUUGUGUAUUAUAUGCUCAAAUUUCGUCAGGAAAUACUCAACCAAACACUCAAACCUCUCAAAGUACGAGAAAUAGUACCCGUGUGCAUGGAUCAAUAUAAGCGUCUUUUUUCUACUUGCAGAAUUCCUGGACACGAUUUCGAUAUACUAAAACAUUUCCCACCACAUCAAUCCAAACAUAUAAUAAUCUACGUAAACGGAAAUUAUUACAAACUAAACGUGGACAGAAGAGUGCAUGUAAAAACAUUCGAUAGUAACGUAUUACAACAACCUUACGAGGCACCACCAACUUACAUUUUACAAAUGACCAUUGAAAAAAUUGUUGAGAAAUCAUGCCAAGCUGAUCCAUCGACCGAUACAGAAAAUUAUAAAUUGGAACGAGCUUUAAACACGUUAACCGCUUUGGAAAGAAACGAAUGGGCCGAAAUAAGGGGAAAAUAUUUUAGUGUUGGCUUGAACAAAAAAUCAUUGGACACGAUCGAAAGUGCCAUAUUAAUGGUAACAAUUGACACCACAUUACCUCAACCUCUUUCCGAACCCUUGUCUUUUACCGACCAAGCCAGGCAACUUCUUUCUGGAUUUGACAUUCAUAAUUAUGAUAAUGAUAAAUUCGAUGGAAUCAGUCGUAACGAUUUACCUAAUGAAUGUGAUUUUGAAAUGAUAAACAACAUAUGUCCACUUAAUACAGGUUCAAAGGAUAAUGGGAAGAAAUUGGAGAUUGAUAAAUCCGCCACAUUUAAAAAUACAAACAACAAUGCAAACGUUAUCUUAAAAAACCCUGCUAAAAAUUCUGACCUAUACGGAAAGAAGAAAUGCCCAUUAACACCUUCCAGUCAUGUUUGGUUAGACAAAAGUGUCAAUUUGUUAGUCUUUCCCUCCGGCAAAAUAGGAUUGAACUGCGAACAUUCUUACGCCGACGCUACUAUCACGGGGCAUCUCCACGAAUACACUCUCUCUAACGAGGUAAAAAACGAUUCUUAUGAUAGUGAUGGCAACUGUCAAGGUUAUCUAAAGGCAAGUCCUACUGCUUCCCCUUAUGUUUUUGCAGCAUCGAAAUACAAAAAUCUCGAUGUCAAAAAUACCAACGUGAAAGAAGCAUAUAAUGAUAACGAACAUAAUUAUGAUAAUAAUUUAUUGCUUUCUUACGAAAAAUUAGAUUGGGAUUGGAGUAAUAAAGGAAUCAAGUCUUCCGUAACAUCGGCUCAUAAUUUUGCACUCCAAAAUGCAAAAGGAUUGGAUAUAUGCGUUGAAGAAUUUGUGAAUUUCGGAAAAGGUUUUAUGAAGCAAAAAAAAAUAAGCCCUGAUGCCUUCAUACAAAUAGCCAUUCAACUCGCUUAUUACGAUUUAUCGAUAUCUGUAAUUGAAACACAAAUGGGAAAUGGCAAAAUUCUUUCCGACACCAAUUCGACUCUAUUUAUAGACCGUAAUAAUCUAGAAUUGUCAUCUUCAAAAUACAGUGAUAUUAACAACUUUGGCAGCAAUUCUACACCACCGUCCGAGUUUAUUGAAUUAAGAAUGGGGCGCUUGAGAUCUACCUACGAAGCAUCAAGUACUCGUCUUUUUGUCAGGGGACGUACAGAAACUGUCAGAACCCUCACCAACGAAAUAGGACAAUUUAUAACGUCGAUGUAUGACCCAAAUUCAACCAAAGCCGAAAGAAUAAUUUUUUUCAAAACAGCGGCAAAUAAACACCAAAGCCUUUACAAAGAGGCUAUGACGGGUAAGGGUAUAGAUAGGCAUCUUUUUGCGCUAUUCGUAAUGUCUAAGAUGAUGGGAAAAGAUUGCCAGAUUUUGAAAGAAAUUUUAUCUAUACCCUGGGAUUUAUCUACUAGUCAAAGUCCUCAGCAGCAAAUAACCAAUAAAAUUGAUUUUGAUUCCCCGGUUAUAGCUGAUAAAUUAUCGCCUGGUGGUGGUUUUGGUCCCGUCACGCCCAAUGGUUUUGGUAUAGCUUAUAUGAUCCCUUGUAGUUACAAACUCUUUUUCCAUGUUACUCGCUUCAAGAAAAAUUUAAACAAAUCUUCCAACAAUAUUUCUGAGAAAGGCUCAAAUCCUGUCUUACAAAAUCAACAAAAUUAUUUAUCAUCUCGUGAAUUCCUGCAAGCUAUUUUUGGCGCUCUGAAUAAACUCAAAGAACUUUUAAAUGAUUGAAUUAUUUUAUUAAAAAUUUUCUAUAUGCCCUUUUAAAGUAAUAUGCUAUACAAUUUUAUUAAAUGCUUGGAUAUGAAUUAGAGAAUAUACUUAAAAAACAUAUUAUUUAUACUCGGUAUUAUGUUUCUUUAACUUGCAAGUAUUAUUUGCUUAUAAAGUGCAUUCAGAAUUUUCACUGCAAUUAAUAUGUAUUUAUUUAUUUUAUUAAUGUAAAUUAAAAUGGAAAACCUUUAUUUAUAGAUAUAUACAAUAGUAGGCCUAUAUCAAAAUUUUAGGUUUUUCUUUAUAUAAUUAUAUUUACAGAUAUAGCUGUUUUUAUACCUUUUCUAAAGCAUUGAAUUUUGUUUAUUAUAUAAUUUUAUAUAAACUGAAUACAAUUUUUUUUAGAAUAAUUUUUCCAUGGUCAAUUCCAGACAGAAUGUUUUUUAAUAAAGAAUUAAUCAUUUUUAUAAACGAUUAAAUGGUGUCUUUUAAACCCCUGGCUAUCAAAUUUUUAAAAAUAUUAUAUUAUACAAAAUUCGACAAACUAUUUUGUUUAGAAAUAUAAAAAAAUUGCUGGAAAAAUGCCUCACAAAACUCACUUUGAAAAAAACGUUGUGUCUGGAAAUGGUUUCAUUGUUAGACUGACAAGUCAUUUUAUUCACAUGCUAAAUAUAUAGAGUUAGUCACAUAAAUUAUUAUCUUUAUAUAUAAAUUAAUUUUUAAAAACAAUCCCAAUGAUAGUGUUGUUAAAAAGUCCGAAUUUGGUUGAUUUUUAAAAACUGGCCGAUCAAGAUUUUAGCCAAAAUAAUAUUGUGUAAGCCUCAGAUUUGGCAAGUAGAAGCCCAAACCUAUCUGCCACCUAUGAGCAAAAUCACCAGGCUUACAAAAUAUUAUUUUGGUUAUGAUCUUAAUCAAGCCGUUUUUAAAAAUCGGGCUUUUUAACAACACUACCCAAGGAAUUUUACUCAUCCAUCAAAUCAAAAUUUGUAAAAUUAUAUUUCUGCUUAUGAACUUAGCUUUAAAGUUAUCCAUUAAAGUAUUUUCUAAUUUGAUUGUGCAAAAUUUUAUAUGUUGGAAAAAUACUAUUAC